ACAUCUCUGGAACGAUGUGUUUACAUUUUGAUUAAAGGCGUUAUUUACAUUCGCAUUACUUUUGAGUUGAUUAGAAAAUAACGCGAGAAUCACUACAUUAGAAGAACAGUAGACUACAUUGUGAUAAAUUUGCACACGAUAGAGAUUAAAUCUUGGAAGUUCAGAGGAUAUUUUAAGUAUCAGUGUUAAUGCCUCAGUUGUGCGCGAAUGUCAGCAUCUAUUAAGCGGGGAAUUUGCACUUAGAAAAAAAAAAUGUAUAACCUUACGGGUGUUUCAAUAUGGAGUAACAGUAAUAACAGUACAGACCGUGGUGAUGGCGAAAAAAUUUUAGCUAUAGGUGUCUUAGGUUUGGGUAGCCUUUUAUCUGGAAUGCUGCCAGCUAUAAUUUCAGAUCGGAGUCGUAGACGCUUCCCUCUAACAACAUCAAUGUUAUUGUGCUUCGGUGCGGGCAUAUUGUUAGCUACUGCGCUAGUACAUAUAUUGCCAGAGGUACGAAAGCAGAUGGAUUCAAACUUUGCGGAAAUUACAAUUUGUGGAGGGUUUUUCGUAAUAUAUUUUAUUGAUGAAUUCAUACAUUACUUUUUCGGUGAAGCGAUACAACAUAGGCAUUUUCGAAGCACAGAACCACUUCGGAACCACAAUCAAGGUUACGGCGCCGUGAACAAUGACACCACCCCCCUCUUGGUUGAUGCACAUGAUCAUUACAAUACUAACCAUCAUGGUGAACAACAACAAAACAACUCGUACAAUACCUGCAAUGAGUCAUCACACCAACAUUUUCAAAAUAACACCUCGCACUGUGCGGUUCAAACAGCCAUAGCGGAUGCAAACGCUCGAAUUUGUCAUACGAGUCAUGAAGAACCCUGUGCUCAGUCUAUGACGGGGACCUUUGGACUUUUUGUGGCAUUGUCUUUACAUUCAGCCAUCGAGGGUCUUGCUAUUGGUGUACAAAACUCAGCAACAAAGGUCAUUUUUUUGCUCGGAGCAGUUGCCUGUCAUAAGUUUGUUAUGGGCUUCUGUUUGGGUUUGGAGUUUCGCUCAAAUCCACAAGCAAGUCUUCGCAAACAUUUCAUUGGCAUACUGGUGUUUGCACUGGGUGCUGUUUGUGGCAUUGCGAUCGGCAUGGUCAUAGUAGACGUGCCCUACAGUUGGUCUGGCUCGGUGCUGCCGGUUAUACAGGGGCUUGCUGGUGGAACGCUUUUCUAUGUAACCGUUUGUGAGGUCAUACCUAGAGAAAAGGCGCGAUGGCAUCAAAAUCCUUCGAGAAAGGUAGCAGGUUUUGGACAGUUCCUAGCCGUUUCUGGUGGUUUCGCCAUAAUGUGCAUCAUUAACUAUUAUUUAGACGAUGGCGAUAGCUAGUUGAUCGAGAUCUACUCAAUAUUACAACAACAAUUAUUACUAUUACAACCAUAUUGAUGGCCUGGUGCUGAUACUCAGCUGAUAAGCUGUCGCAAAAUUAUGAAAAAUUAUUUCGUGUCGCACGCAUUGUUUGAGAAUAUGAAAAUAACGAGUAACUUAGCUUUAUUUGAAUUUAAUUUCGCACUAACAAUAUUAAAUAAACAAUAAUAAACUUCAAAGUAGUAUUUAUUAAAUAAAAA